GGCUCGCAUUGGCACUCGCUGUCGACCUCUGACCGCCUCGCCCUGCGGCAGCGGGAUUGGCCUACAGUUGGAGGUGGCGGCGGAGUGAAGGGCAGAAUCUUUUGGACCGAGAAUUGCGUGCUCGCCAGCAAUAUGCGCCAUGCCCGAACGAGGCUCUGGAGAACACAGUACAAAAGGAUAAGACCGCCUUUGGCACGCCGAGCAUUCCAGUCUCCCUCCUAGACAUCACCCUCACCCGCCCAUCAGCCUUCGCAGUGUGCGACCAUCUCCAUCAACUGCACCCCAAGACCAAAUCCAGUGCAAUCUCCAAUCCAUUUCGGCGACCAGAGCCAUGGCUGAUCAGAAUCAACCACACCUCCGCCUGGGUAGCAUUGCGCCCAAUUUCAAGGCCGAGACGACCAAGGGGCCUAUUGACUUCCAUGAGUUCAUUGGCGACAACUGGGUCGUCCUCUUCUCGCACCCGGAGGACUACACACCCGUCUGCACCACCGAGCUCGGUGCUUUCGCAAAGCUCGAGCCCGAGUUCACCAAGCGCGGCGUGAAGCUCAUUGGUCUCUCGGCCAACACCAUCGACAGCCAUGAGGGCUGGAUCAAGGACAUCAAUGAAGUGUCGGGCGCCCACUUGAACUUCCCAAUCAUUGGCGACAAGGAGAGGAAGGUGGCAUACGCAUACGACAUGCUCGACUACCAGGACACUACCAAUGUCGACUCCAAGGGCAUCGCCUUCACCAUCCGCUCCGUCUUCAUCAUCGACCCCAAGAAGACGAUCCGCCUCAUCAUGUCCUACCCCGCGUCGACGGGCCGCAACUCGGCGGAGGUGCUCCGCGUCGUCGACUCGCUCCAGACGGGCGACAAGCACAAGGUCACGACUCCCAUCAACUGGGUGCCCGGCGACGACGUCAUUGUCCACCCCACCAUCAACAACGAGAAGGCCAAGGAGCUCUUCCCCGACUUCAAGAUCGUCAAGCCGUAUCUGCGCUUCACGCCUCUGCCGAAGGAGAAGACUAGCGCGGCAUAAGGAGAUGGGCGGUACGGCGGCUGCAGCCGUGCAGCGGAAUCGACGGCAUUGCGUGCGAGUUCAGGCGUUGUUUGGG